UCAGCCCUGAUUCUCGCUGCCUUGUGGAUCCAUAAUAAACCGGCAGCCAACCAGUUACCACACAGACUGGAGCACAACAGUGGGGUUGUAGAUCGUCCGGAGAUACGAACGAUAUUUGUGCAAUACAGUAAACGGUGUUUUAGCGUCGUUAAGGUGACAUCGCCAUGGCUACACCUUCAUCCUCGUGCCCCCCCCGGGUAGGAGUUGGGAAGCUGCGUCUGGGUCCGGUGGUGCGGAGGAACCUGUUCGGCCCAGUUGACCACCUGCAGCUGCAGCAGGACUUCCACAGGCUGCUCAGCGUCAGCCUGGAACUGGCCAAUCAACGCUGGAGCUACGAUUUCCAUAGUGACCAGCCACGGGCGGGGGCCGACGUGGAGUGGGAGGAGCUUAGCUGCCAGGACGUCCCAGCCUUCUACCGCAGCUGCCUGGUGAAGAGAGGGGGUGGGGCUAGAAGAGAGGGCGUGGCCAAGGGAGGAGAGGGUGGAGCCAAUGGAGGAGAGGGCAGGGCCAUGGCUGCUGUGGGCGGGGCCAGGAGGAUGACGGACAGGCUGGCCAGAGAGGAGUCUCCAGCCUCGACCAGCUCGGGGGAGGAGUACCUGGAGGUGACCACCAGGCGGAGCUACAGGCUGCAGAGGCCAGAGAGGAGAAUGGCCGGGCUGAAGAAACGGCACCAGGCGGCCAUUACAGACUUCUUCUCUGUAAAGAAGAGGAAGUUCCUAUAUCCCAAGCGUCCGGCCAGCCAGUAACAGUGUUUCCUGCAGCGCCCCCUGGUGGAGACACCAGCUCAGAAAGAAUUCUCACAUGCAGAUAAAGCAACUGACUGUCCUGACAGCUGAAGAAAUUAUAUAUAUACGUUUAUAUUGAGUUUAUAUUGUUUUUGUAUACGAUUAAUUACACUGUGAAAUACUUGUAAUGCACUGUAAUCUGGACUCUCUGUCAUGUCUCUGUGUUAGCCUGCUCCAGACUGGAGCCACGUCUGAGCGCUGCCCUUCCCGGUCAGGCUGGGGUCAGCCAUUAGGGUCCCCGGGGGUUAGUCUGGGUCAAAGGUCAUACAGGGUAGAGGUGACCUGGCUCAGGCUAUCUAAUAAAUGUCAUGUUGACACGGCAACACCAGAACACACAGCUAGUUUAGAAGAGAAGGAUUUAUUACAUCUGAAACAAACCCAGCCCCAUCUCAUGUACACACACCCCCCACAAUGUACUGUAAUAUCAUAUAUUCAUGGACCAGAAUAUGUAUCUACAUAUGUAAGCUUUAUAUUAUAAAGCUUCCUGGGUCCCAGAGAAAAGCUCCUCAUAUUGCUGCUGUACAGGAUGUGUAGAUGUGUGAGUGGAAGCUGGCCAGGCAGCAGGUGUAUCUGGCCUUGUCUGUGUGUGUGGCUUUGCUCGCUCUAACUUUCAUCAAUGUAGCAUCUUGUCUUUGUGUUUAGCACAGGUUAGAAACACACUUCUAAUCUUCUGGAAGGGAAUGUAACUUCAGUGUGAGGGUUGAGUUUAUGUACGUUUAUAAUUUAUGUAUAUAAAGUGUUUAAGGAUUCUGCACAUUGUAAAUGGUCUUCAGUGGCAGCGAAGGCAGCUGACCAGAGCUGUGGCGUGGAUCCCAGACACACCAGGCAGAACACCAGGCAGAACACCAGGCAGAACACCAGACAGAACACCAGACAGAACACCAGGCAGAACACCAGGCAGAACACCAGGAAGAACACCAGGCAGAACAGAACAUGCCCGCAUGAAACCCUGGUCAUCAUCAGCAUCUGGCCACACCACGCUAAUGGAGCGUCUAUUACCACUCUAAUGGAGAGUCUAUUUUUACAGUUUGGAAGACAAGCCAUUUCUUUAAUUCUCUACCUCAUCAAGCAAUUCACAAGAAUAAAAGAAUAUAGCAUCAUUAUAAAUGAAAACAAAUGUAAAAUACAGAGAAAGAAAUCGAACCAACAUGUUUUUUUACACUGACAUGAACAGUUGGAAUUUCACUGCAGGUUUACACUAUCAACUCAAAUAUUAUUUUAUACAUUUUAUUUUGCAUUCCUUAAUGGAGUAUUGUGUAUUUGUUUCUCUGUGUGUGUUUAUGUCUUUGCGAAUGACUUUUUGUGUGUUCAGAACAAACUUUCAAAAAUAUAUUAACUUACUUUUGAAUUGUAUCUUAUCGUGUUUAAGGAAAUCAUUACAAAUGUCCAUUUGGUUAAACUGCACUACAGUAGAAUAUAAUUAUUUCAAACGAUGGUAUUGGGCGAGGGUCACGUGUGGGCAGUUCCUCAGUGAGCCCAGCCUACCCUAAUUGGUUGAAGCCCAAACUGAUGGUUAGUGACAUUUGGUUGCAACUGAACAUGGCCUUGUAGCAUCAGGGAGCUGUUGCCAUGGUGUUGUUGUCAUGGUGACGCCAUCAGUCUGGGCCCUCCACGCUUUUCUCUCACAGUGUUCAGAUCCUCUUAUGCAUGGACAUCAUGUAUACGCUUUGUAAUAAUACAUAAUAAUGGUUAUGCUACAUUGAUAUCCCUCUGGUAUGAUUGUACAGGGAACUAUGCCAAUUCUUUGUUUUUUUUUUGAAAAACGUUUGUAGAUUCAAACUAUCACUAGUGUUAGAUGCACUGACAAGCUUUUUGGAAGAAAAAUAAAUUCCCUACAGUGUUUCAAUACAUUUUCAUUGUUAAUAAAUUAU